AUGGAACCAGUAGCGAACAUCGGGAAGAAGCUCCGGUCAAAGCGACCUCGACGGAGACGAUUACAUAUUUCUCCGGUUUUAUGCUCCUCUAUUCUCUGUAACAAGAGCGGCUUGUCUUCUCUCUUUGCCGAUUCCAGCUCUAACACUCACCUAGAUACUGAAGUUUCCUGCGAUUCCAACAGAGUCUCCAAGAAUUUCAUUGCGAAGAAGAGAGAGUUUACUAAAACUGAAGAACCUGGAUCUAGUAUUCUGAGAAUUGAAAGGACUGGCGACUGGCAGUUUAGGAGGAUCACAAGAUCGUACUAUAGACAGAUGGAAAAUGAGAAAAGAAUAAAUGAGUUGGAAGUGAGUGAAUCGUCUUGUGUCGAGUCGAAUUCUGGAGUUGAUUUUGGAGUAAGGAACCAGAAGUUGAAGAAAGCAAGGAGAAAUUUGACAGGAAUUGAGAGAAGCGUGAACGAUGCAGUUUCGGUCAUGCAAUCAGAAAUUUCUUGUGUUGAGCAAGUUUCCGAUUCCAGGAAUCUGGAAACAUCACUGGAGAAUAAGGAAAAUGAUGUUGUUUCUAAUAUUUCAGGAGUGGAAUUUUGCUCUGAAGCGGUCUUUAGUAUUGCAGUCAAAGGAAACGGAAACAGAGCACCACAAGAAGGUGAAUUGUCCGAGACAUCCAAGCCAGACAAUGCCGCUGAAGCCAAUUUAUCCAUCUCAAACUCGGAGUCAGUUCUGGAGCAGAGGCAAAAGCUGAUGAGCUUUGGAUUUGAUUCCGAUCUCGCUUGCACAGAGCAGUUCUCCUACGAUGACAUUUCAGAAUACUCGGAGUUGCAGGACAUUUUUCAGGAGAAUUCAGACCUCGAUUUCUCUGAAUAUACUCCAUCAAUUUUCUACGACUCUGGAAGCGAAUUCUCGCAAAAAUCAUACAGUGAUUCUCCUCCUUCUAUGACUUACUCUCUGUUGCUGGAAUUCAGAGAACAAUUCUCUAGAUCAACUACUCCCCUAGAUGUUGCAAUUCCUUCAAACCUUGAAGAAAAUUAUCCAAAUCAACCUACAUUGGUGAGAUUUGACGAUGAGGAUGACGAGCAGAGCUAUCAGAUGUUCAGGGAGAGAGAAAGAAGAGAAAAGUUUUUGCGCGACUAUACCGAAGAGUACCGCUGCACAACGGAGUACGGCGAUCUCAUCCUCCAGCAACGGUCGGACAUGAUCCACUGGAUAGUUGAGCAAUGCAGUAAAAAGGAGCUUCAGCAGGAGACGAUGUUUCUAGGAGUUAGCCUGCUUGACCGAUUUCUGAGCAGAGGAUUCUUCAAAAACAAAAGAAGUCUUCAGAUUGUCGGAAUUGCUUGUCUUGUAUUGGCCACCAGAAUUGAAGAAAACCAGCCUUACAACAGCGUGCGGCAAAAGAGUUUCUGCAUUGGGAGCGACACGUAUAGCAGAAAUGAAGUCGUAGCCAUGGAAUGGCUGGUGCAGGAGGUUCUCAACUUCCAAUGUUUCUUGCCCACCAUCUACAACUUCUUGUGGUUUUACUUGAAAGCUGCUAAAGCUGAUGCAGAGAUGGAGAAGAAGGUGAAGUACCUUGCUGUGUUGGCUCUGUCCGACCAUGAGCAGCUGUGCUAUUGGCCCUCGACAGUCGCAGCUGGUCUCGUCAUUCUGGCUUCCAUGGAAAACAAUCAAAAUACAUCCUGCAAACGUGUCAUCGAGAUUCAUGUCAGAACAAAAGAUAGUGAUUUACCUGAAUGCAUAAAGAGCCUGCAGUGGUUGCUACAGUUUGUAAGCUAGUAACCUAAAGGACUAACAGCAAAGGAACGUAUGUAUAUAUAUGGCAUUCCGUUUUGUUCAGUUACGCUUUUUCCUCUUUCAUUACAGGCACACAAUAAAAAGGCCGACCAAAAGACGUUUGUAAGGUUGGUUAAUAAUGAUCAUCCAAUCGUAAUGUAAACCCGAUUUGUUUCUACCUCAGAGACAUUUGUUGAUGCUAGUUGUAAUUCAUAUAAAUAGAGAAGAAAAUUAAAUUCAUUUUUCAAUGAACUGAGCCAAGUGAAACAAAC